AACUACAUAAAGAAUUCAUAUACGGAAAGUAAUAGCAGAUAACAAUUUAUGAAGGUCGUUAUGUAUAGUUACAUAAUAAAACUAGAAAAUUAAAAGUCGGAGUGAGGUAACAAGAAAAACACAAAAGACGGGAUUUCCCGUAUUAUUUAUUUAUUCCGCGAUCAUGAAAUAAAGUUCAGUUGCAGUCUUCCUAUCUAUUUUCUAAACAACAGUUCAAGUUCGAGGGCAAAUAAGUGAACACACGACAAAUUCAUCAUCCUAACGUUCGUAGCACAGACGAUAAGAGCUAAUAAGUUAAUUGUUAAUAAUUCUUAAUUAUUAUUAAAACGCGUGAGUCAAUGCAAGAAAAAUGUCUAGUGAAAAAUAUCCUAAAAAAAUAACCGAUGUAAAAUCUAAAAUUAAUGACGAUGAAAUAUCGAUGUGUUUUAUUUGCUCAUCACAAUCACUUCCGGAACAAUGGAAAUAUCAUAAGAAGAAAGAGGAGCAUUUAUUAACACUACCAUAUUUUACGAAAAACUUUGCAGAUUAUUCCAGUGAUCAAAUUAAAUGUAAAUUAUGCAAAGAUUUAAUUCCUAAAAAUUUAUUGAAAAAUCAUGCGGUCGAAAAACAUCAGUUGAUGCCAUGGUACAGACCAGCUGAUGAGUUUGUUAUAUAUUUCAAAAAUUUUAUCCGCCCGAUAGGCAAUUAUUAUUACUGUUAUCUGUGCACUAAGAAACAUAAAAGUUGGCAUUUAUCAUUGACACACGUCGGUGGUAAAAAACAUCAAAAACGUUUGAAGACUUAUACCAGACUAAUAAAUAUCAAUAAAGCAGCUUUGCUGUCAGAUCCUGAUCUUUGUAAAGAUUUGGCAAUCAAUGAUAUUUAUCCAUUUAAAUUCACACAAUUGCAAUGUUUCUCAUGUGAAGAAAUCAUUGAUGGAUAUGAGACUUCUGCAGAGCAUAUUGCUAGUAAAGUUCAUAAAGAUAAAUUCGCCAAAAAAUCAAGAAACGAUAUAGAGAUAUUAUCAAUGGAAGAACGUUUGAGUUGGGAAAAAAGUUCAGACAUAAAUAGAUCAAAGAGAUUUACUACCGUGGGAACUAAAACUAUCAAUGAUGAUAAUAGUGGAGAUAAUAAUUACUGUGACAUUAAAUCAAGUAAUUCGACGAGAUCUUCAGCUUCGAGAAUGAAGAUUGUUUUGAAACGCUUUACAAAUUUUAUUGGUCACGGUAUCUAUAAUUUUUAUUGUUUUUUACGCAAUGCAGCAUUAAACGAAACAGAUAAUCCAGCAUCUAAUGAUCAACUAGAAAUUGAUACUAACAACCAAGUGUCUGAAAGAGAUCCACUACUCAGUGAGUAUGAGAAUCCGGACAUAUGUGAAUACUUUAAAAAUUAUAUUUUCUUUAAAAAUUUAAUUUUGGAAAAAAAACACGAAAGAGAUUUUUACUGCUUUCUGUGUCAAAUACAACUGUCAUUCGAAUUUUUUCCGUCAAAUAUAAUGGAGCAUAUGGAGGAUUCAAAUCAUCAGAAUCUCAUGAAAGAAAAUAAAAAUAUCAAGAAUAUAGCCAAUGAUCUUUUGUGUACUCCAACUUUUGUCGAUUUACUCUGGAUGGAAAAUAUUGAUCAAAUAGACAAUUCUUCGUUGCAUUGUUUCACAUGUUCAUGCUCUUUUUCAUCGUACCUUCAUGCUCAAGAACACCUUGAUCGCGAACAUUCAAUUAAGCCAGAAAAUUCGUUGGAUCAAGCUGUUGAAUCUGUUGAUUCAUUUGAAACAGGUGAUAAUAAAAUGUCUCUAAAUAAGCCAGACAAUUCAGUAUCCAUUGACCAAUCAGUCAUCAGUACUGGCACCCAAAUAUCAGAAACUAAUUCAACACUCAGUGAAGAGAGUCCCGAAAGCUCAUCAUCAGAAUUGAACAAUCUAUUUUUAGAUGAAUUUUUCAAAACUUAUAUUUUUAAAGGCUUCAGUGACGAUUAUUAUUGCUUUCUAUGUCAUAAAAAAUUUCCGUUCAAAUUUUUUCCAUCGAAUGUAAAGGAACAUAUAGAGGAUGCAAAUCAUCAGAAUCUUCUGAAAAAAAGUAAAGAUGUCAAGAAUAUAGCAGAUGAAUCUUUGUGCACUAAAAAUUUUGUUGAAUUACUCAGUAGAACAAAUAUUUUUCAAGUUGACAAUUCUUUAUUGUAUUGCUUCACAUGUUCAUGCUUUAUAAGAUCAUACUUUCAAGCCCAGGAACAUCUUGAUCUUGAACAUAUAACUAAGCACCGAAAUUUGUUGAAUCAAGUUUUUGAGUCGGUUCAUUCAUCUGAAACAAAUAGUAAAAGCUUUUUGAACGAGACAGAUAAUUCAGUCGUAAUUAGUAGUAAUUAUUCCAGAGUAUCUAAGAGUAAAAUGAUUCCAAUGAUUGAAACGGAAAGUGUGUUUUAUCAAUAUUUUGAUAAUUUUAUCUUCAAAGACUUUAAGGAUUAUAUCUGUCAUCUAUGUAAUAAAAGUUUGCCGUCGAUAGUAGCAGUAAUGGAACAUAUGAAUAAUGUAAAUCAUCAAGAUGAAUUGGCAAAUCAAAAAAAAAUUAUAAUAUUUAUUAAUACAGUUCCACGCGAACCUAAUGUUUAUGAGAAACUUGUGCGAAAUAAUAUUUUUCCCUUCAAUUUCAGAUUCAUGAAAUGUUUUACGUGUAAUACUAUUUUUUUUAGUUAUAAAUAUGCUGAGCGACAUAUAAAUAGUCAACAACAUCUAGCAUAUCAUGGGCCUAUUUUGAUUACAUCAUCGAAAUCAGUAAGACAGAGACCUAAUUUGUGUCCACCAGAAGUAUUAUCCAAUGAUCUAUCAGCAGCUACGAGCAGUCAGUCAUCAACUUGUGAAUUAAUAUUAUGGGAUUCAGCGAGGACUGAAGUUGAGUCUGAAUCAUUGAUUCCACUGCCUGCUAGAUCAAAAGAGAAAAAAGACUUAUCGUCGAACGCGUUACCACUCGAUCUUUAUCAAUACAAUGAUGCGAAAAAAUAUUCAGUGCAUUGCGAUUUUUGUCGUAAACGUGUGAAUUCGCGAGUUCUAUUACAUGUUCAUUUAUCAAGUCAUUUUUGGCAAUUGUUUACAGAUGAUAAUAUCAAAGAUUUAAAAUCUCUUGUCAAUCUGGACUCUGGAAUUCUGAUAAAUUUCUCUGGUGGCACAUUCUGUGAUGGCCAAGUAAUUCCGCGUGUUAUAACAGGAAGAGAAGAUCGUUCGAAAAUAAAAAAUGUCUCAAAGGCAAUGAAAAAUAGAAAUUUAAAAAAUUCGGUGGCGUACGAAACUCGAAAUAAAAAAAGGCGCAAAAUUAAAUUAAAGGAUUUGGAUAUUGAUCAAAAUGAUAUUGAAAAAAAAAUUGAUAUUUAUAAAAUAGACGAAGAGUUGUGUCAUAGUAUUCAGUUAAGUUUGAAUAGAGUUUGUAUCAUCAAUAAGGAAGAAAUUUAUUGCAUGGUGUGUCGUGAAAAAGUGACAUUUUCACUCCGAAUCGUCUACGAACAUUUUCGUAGUGUCCAGCAUUCCUAUUUCUUAAUGCAAAUGGUUCAAGAUCACACGAAGUUUGAGAGUGAACCGAAUGAAUUGAGUGAUUUACAUCUUGCACGUGAAAUGAUGGAAGAUAAAAGUGAUCGACAUGUUGUCUGCUACGUCUGCGAUCCAGUAAAACCUUUUCUUAUUCCAAAUAAUAUCGACGCCUUGACGAUUCACAUAAAACUAUUUAAACAUCAAGAUAAAAUGCAUAAAUUAAAAAAUAAUUUGCGACAAUUUAUCAGUAAUUUUUACUCGAGACUAGAAUACAGUUGGUAUAAUGCGCAAAGUUAUUGGUGCGUAGUUUGCACUGUGCAAUUUAGACUUGAAAACAGAUUUCACAAACAUCUAAAUUCAUCGGCACAUCAGAAAAAGUGCGCGAAAUUUGUUACGUCAGAGAAUUUUGUAUGCGAUUUUUGUUCAACGUGCGGAAUUUUAUUAUACGGAUUUAAAAAUACAUUUACUUAUCACGCGAAUUGUCAAUUUCAUAGAUAUUAUGCUGACAAAUCAUUUUAUCUUAUAACGCGAUUACCGACUGCUGCUGAAGAACUGUUGAUUAAUGCAGAGCAAGUUAUGACAAUUAAAUUAGAGGAGCUGGAUGAGGAAGCAGAGACAAUGAGAAAGAAUGAACAAUUAUUGUUAGAUGACUUAAAAAAUACUACUAGCGAUUACAUUGAUGUCAAAAUCCAUCCUUUUGGUUCUCGGAUCACUGGAUUAGGAUCAAAGAAUAGUGAUCUUGAUAUUUUUCUUGAUUGUGAUGAUUUAUAUUACAAAGGAACUGUUUCGGAUGAUAUUUCAUAUUAUUUGAAAGAAGUCGAACAUUCAUUGAAGCAAAAUGAGAGCAUUUGGACAAUUCAAAGAGUAAUUACUGAUUGUAGAAUCCCAAUUAUCAAAUUGGUACAUCAACCUACAGGUAUUGACUGCGAUUUAUCUUUCACGAGUGGUCUUACAACUGAAAAUACCAAACUAAUCAAAAUGUAUCUUGAUAAGUAUUCUCUAUGCAAAAAACUAAUUUUAUUUAUAAAAGACUGGAUAAAUAUAUGCAACUUAAGUGGUGAAGAUGGAAUAAGUAGUUAUGCUAUCGCUUGGAUGGUAAUUUAUUACUUACAAACAAAGUUUAUCUUACCAAGUGUUGCGGACUUAAUAAAACUUGAAGGAAAGUCAUGUAUGAUCAGCGGCUGGGAAACCGGAGUAUCCAAAAGUUUUACUCUAUUAGACAUCACUAACGAUUCUAGUUUUAAAAAUCUUCUUAGAGGUUUCUUUAUAAUGUGUGCAGGCUUUGAUUACAGAAAUAAUAUAUUUUGCCCACUUCUGGGUCGUCCGAUUAGAAAAGUAGAUUUUAUUGUACCGGCUAGUCUUACAAACCUGCCCGUCGAAAUGUUGCCUUAUAAAAAUUAUAUUAAAAAAAAUAAAAACCUCGACGCUUUUCGUUCUGAUGCAGCAAUAUGCGUUCAGGAUCCAUUUGAUUUAAGUCAUAAUCUUACCAAAGCAGUUAAAAAAUCUACAAUGCAUCGAUUCAAAACUUACUGCUCACUGAGUACUCAAAAGUUAAUGGACAAUAAAUAACCAAUUGUCUCUUAGUUUUUAUCAAACAGCGCACAUAUCAAAAAGCUCAAUACGAUUUUGUCUGUUAUCAGUGCAAUCGUCAUUUUUAUAAAUUCAAGAUUUGUUUUGACAUUUCUACGCAUACUUAUUACGUUUUUAUAAUUUAUAAUUAUCAGUAUUUAAUUUUAAAUGAAAUAUUUAGUCUAUUUUUAUACCAUAAUUUUAAAAUCUUUGUUAUUAUUUUAUUUAUUACAUUAUUUAUAAAUAUAUAUAAAAUACCUCUUAUAAACAUCGAGUGACCCAUGUGACCCUUCUAUAUGACCCAUUGUUAAAAUAUAAAAUACAAUUCAUAAAUUAUUUAUCGAAAAGAUUCUUUGUACAUAAAAGUCUGUACAUUUUUUAAAAUAUCGCAUAAUAUAUUAUUAUGAGCGCGAAUUUGUCAGACAAUUGGCAAUUUUUAAAUUUUUGAAUAAAUAAAUAAAAUAUAAAAAGAAUGAAAAUUAAAAAAUGCGUACUUAGAUAAUUA